UUAUCCGAGAUCAACAAGAAUCUAAAUACUUAUCCAUUGUCAUACACACACAUACAUAUGUGUAUAUAUAUAUAUAUAUAUAUAUAUAUAUAUAUAUAUGUGUUGUUUAUAUUGUCGUCGACCGAUAAAUAGUGUUCCUGACCUUUUCGAUUAAAAUGGGUGAUAGUACACUUACGCUCGAAGACGAGACUCAGAACGCUCACAGUAGAAGAUCAAGCACCGUAGGUGACGCUCCGCAAAACGGUUCCGAGUCUAGCAUUGGUGAAUCACAUUUGAGUGAGAAUACAACAUCGAUUAAAUCGACUGAUGCAUCGUCGAUUACGUCGACGAAAUCAACACCAGGUAAAAGUAACAGCAAAUCGGGAAGCAUUUCUUCGACUGCUUCAUUGAGUAAUCCAAAAUCAACAACUGGGCAUCAUUCGAGUAGAGAAAUCCUUUACGAGCUAGAUAAGAACUGUAUACUGCCAUACCUUUCAAUCGCAACGGAGAAUCCAUCGAAACCUGGGACGCCAAAAAUUCCUAAAAAAACGUCCAAGACAAGUGUAUACCCAUCUGGGAUCAAUUUGACGGCACGUGAUGCGUUUGGUCCUAAACUUACGGCCCCAGGAUCACCGGAAAGUAGUCCAUCGUUACCGAAUACGCCAUUGCCUACAGAUUUCGAUGAAACCGCAAAGGAAUGUUUAUCUCGUAAAGGAUCAUCGGUAGAAAAUGAAAUUACUUCGGAUACAUUAUACUUUCGUGAUGGCCGAAGGCGAAUCGAUAUGGUGCUCGUUUAUCAGGAAGAAAACGAGGGUGUCAUGACGGAAUUGGAAACUAGACGAAGAGAACAGAGACGUAUAUUUCAACAAAAUCUUUUAACGGAAGGCUUGCAACUCGAAUUAGAACCAAAAGAAAAUUCAUUCGAUGGUAAAACAUUUUUCCUCAAACUUCAUAUACCCUGGAAAAUAAAAGUACAAUAUGCUGAAGUUAUGAAUUUGAAAUUGCCAACAAAAAGAUUUAUCACUAUAUCGGUUAAAGCAUGGGGUACGGAUGGUACAAAAGGUAGGCCGAAAAUUUGGGAAAAAUGGUUAAAGUGGACCAACUGGAUACAAAAACUUCAUCACUGGGAUACCAAUCGAUAUCCCGAAGAACCUAGUUUCUAUGAUAGUAUUGAUUCUGGUGAUCGAGAGGAAAGAUUCGUCGUAAAGGAUCGAGAUACCGCAUAUACGCCAGCACAGAGAUCGUUAAUAGUGAUGCAAAUAUUGUUACGUACAAGGUACGACGAAAUGCAUGAUAAAGUUGGGAUUCGUAGACUUGUUGCAGACGGUACUUAUCUCGAUUGUUAUCAUUUGCACGAAGGACCAUACAACAAGCCAGAAGAUAACGGUGAAAUUUUAGAUAGACAUUUGCUUUAUUUGAUAUGGGCUAAUCCAAAACAAUGGUUUAAGAAACAACCAUUGUGGUUGAUAAGACGAUACUUCGGUGAGAAAGUAGCAUUAUAUUUCGCUUGGCUUGGUUUCUAUACGGAAUGUUUGGUUGCACCAGCUGUGGUUGGUCUUCUAUGUUUUAUAUAUGGCCUAGGAAGUAUGGAAGGAGCUGAUAACGUACCUAGCAAAGAAAUAUGUGAUGAUAAGAUUGCCGGAAAUAUUACAUUAUGUCCGCUCUGUGACAAAGCUUGUGGUUAUCAAAAACUCGGCGAUUCUUGUAUAUUUUCUAAGCUAACAUAUCUUUUUGAUAAUCCUGCGACCGUUUUCUUCGCCAUAUUUAUGUCAUUUUGGGCAACGACGUUCUUAGAAUUAUGGAAACGACGACAAGCUGUUAUCGUUUGGGAAUGGGAUCUUCAAAGUGCAGAGGAUGACGAGGAACCUAGGCCAGAAUUUGAAACGUCAGUGAAAACAUUUCGCAUAAAUCCAGUUACCAGAGAACGUGAGCCAUAUUUACCAGCAUGGUCGAAAGCUAUGCGAUUUUGUGCUACCGGUUCCUUUGUAUUUUUUAUGAUAUGCGUUGUCCUUGGUGCAGUAUUAGGUACAAUAAUAUAUCGUAUAUCUCUCGUUUCCGUAUUUUACGGUGGCGGUGGUUCUUUCUUACAAAAACACGCAAAGAUAUUCACUUCGAUGACAGCAGCCUUGAUCAAUUUAGUGAUAAUCAUGAUACUUACACGUAUAUAUCAUCGAUUGGCCAGAUGGAUGGUAAACAUGGAAAAUCCAAGAACUCAAACAGAAUACGAAUCUAGUUAUACGUUCAAAAUAUUUCUUUUUGAAUUCGUUAAUUUUUAUUCUUCGCUAAUUUACAUCGCAUUCUUCAAGGGAAGAUUUUUUGUACAUCCUGGCGAUCAAGACGCUAGAUCGUCCGAAUUCUUUCGUAUAAAGACAGACGUCUGUGAUCCAGCUGGUUGUCUCUCUGAAGUAUGCAUUCAGUUAGCUAUUAUAAUGAUUGGGAAACAGUGUUUCAAUAAUUUCGUUGAGAUUUUAUCCCCAAAAUUUUUAAAUUGGUGGCGCAAAAGAACUCAAGUUGCUGCUACGAAGGAUCAUGACAGACAAUAUACAUCUUGGGAAAGAGAUUAUCAAUUACAGGAUCCUGGAAGACUCGCACUUUUUGAUGAGUAUUUAGAAAUGAUUCUUCAGUAUGGUUUCGUAACUCUCUUCGUAGCAGCAUUUCCAUUAGCACCAUUAUUCGCAUUAUUAAAUAAUAUCGCGGAAAUAAGAUUGGAUGCUUAUAAAAUGGUGAAAGAAUCACGAAGACCUUUAGCAGAAAGAGUGGCAGAUAUUGGUGCUUGGUAUGGUAUUCUCCGUGGUGUCACAUACGUUGCUGUUGUAUCAAACGCAUUCGUCAUAGCUUAUACCUCAGACUUCAUUCCACGAAGUGUCUAUGCAUUUGUUUAUUCUCCAACGGAAGAUUUGGUCGGUUACAUUGACAGCUCUCUGUCAGAAUUUAAUACUUCUGAUUAUCGUGACGACAUGAAGAGUGAUGCCAAGGAACAUCCAGAAACAUGCCAAUACAGGGGAUACAGAAAUGGACCCGAUCACAAAUUAGAUCCUUACGGAUUAAGCCCACAAUAUUGGCAUGUAUUUGCAGCACGAUUAGCAUUCGUAGUUGUCUUCGAACAUGUUGUUUUUGCAUUGACUGGGAUAAUGAGUUAUGUUAUACCAGCUGUACCGCGUGCCUUAGCAACACAACUUCAACGAGAACGUUUGCUAGCACAAGAGGCUAAAUAUGAGAAGGGAUUAAAGGGUAGAGAGGACGAGGAGGAUAUACUUUCUGUAUUAAGAGAAGCUGGAAGUAUAGGUAGACCUACUGGUGCUCCUGGUAGAACCAAUUGGGCAAGACGUUUCAGUAAAAUGAGCGAUGGUUUGGAUGCCCACGUUGAAGUUGGUUCGAGGGUACACAGAUACAGUGACAGUUCCACUAUGUGGGAGGUCACUUAAAUUAUUCAACACAUUUUUUUUCUUUCUUAAAAUAUCAUUGAUCUCAUUCAAUUGAAAAUCUUAUUUCAAGAUGAUAUAUUGUAAUGUAUAUUAUUAUGUUAACACUUGUAUAUACUAUGUAUAGUACCGCACAUUUAAGAUCAAAAAAGAGAACACCAUCUUUCUUA